AUCUAAAGGCAAACCUAUCGGUGAUGGUAUGGAUUCACGGGGGGUUCCUUCAGUUCGGGUCCGGCCAUCAGCCGGGGCUCAAACCCAACGGAAAGUUAGCCAUAAAGACCAAUACAGUGUACCUCAGCCUCAACUACAGACUCCAUGCGUUUGGUUUCUUAGCCCUUGACUUAUUGGCCAACAAUACCAAAGAGUCAACAAAUUUUGGUUUAAUGGAUGUCAUACUCGCUCUCCAAUGGAUUCAAUUAAACAUUAAUUCAUUCGGCGGUGACAACAGAAAAGUCACUUUAUUUGGCGCCGAUUCAGGCGCUGCCCUUAUACUGGCCCUCAUGUCUAAUCACAACUACCGUUCCCUAUACUAUGCCGGUUGGCUCAUAGAUCCGGCCGUUUAUUUUGACAAAUCCAUUGCCAGCGCCUCAAAGGAUAACAGGAAAGGCUUUUUAAAGCGAACGAAUUGCAAGACAACCGAUUGUUUGCGAUCCCUUUCGGCACAGCAUGUGAUCCACGCCUUUAUCGGCAAAAAUGACCCCUCGUUUCGGAUUAUAGAUCAAAACGAUUUACCAAUUUUAGGCAUUUUGAGCGAACAAUUAAUUACUGUCGACAACACAAUUGUACGCGAUUUCUAUCCGUUUGCAAAGAUGUCGAGUGAUAUCCCAUUACUGAUUGGGUCGUCUCGGGAGGCGAUAGGCUUCUGGCCCGGGCCUAAAGACUUGAUGAGCUGGUCGUGGAGUGAUUACAGCAAAUAUGUCACCACAAGUAUGGACUCGUUUGGACCGCGUUUAUCGCAAUUAAGUCUAGAUCUGUAUAAACCGUCGGCCCAGACGUCGGACGUCGACAUAACAAUCACACCACAGCUUCAGUACAUAACAAUGGUUUCAGAUCUGCGACAAAUUUGUCCCAUUAAUUAUCUCUCGGAAGUACGGGUGUAUGAACAGGGAGUGAGCCAUUCCUCGCAUCUGAUGGACAUCAUCUCAUUCUUCGGACAAUUAGAGGUUUGGAUGCAUUGGCCGUCUUUUAAUGACUUCUCGAUCAGCGAAACAAUACAGCAAAUAGUGUUGGCAUUCAUCAGAGCCGACAACACCACAGACUUAUCGCAAUCAUUUCAAUGGCAAUCGUUUCCCACACAGACGGCAGAGAUUGUGUCUCAACUCAACUACACCUCAAUUGUGACCACGAAUUACCACAGAAGCGAUCGCUGCUAUUUCUGGCAAAGCGAACAGUUCUUCAAUUAUAUGUGGACUGUUUAAUACCAUUCCUCACCCUUUCAUCCCAUCUCUCUCU